GUGUUUGUUUACAUGAAACAUUUUUUACUAAAAUCAUCCAAACGGAAACAACUAUUAGUUCUUAAUCUAUGUUACAGUCAAUUUAAGGUGGUCAAUUAAAACUACGUAUCCAGUUUACAAUUAUAGCUAUACUUUGUAUUGCAUGGCUGCAUACAACGUACUAUCGUUCAUGAUUAAAAGACUGAUAACAAACAGAAAACAGUGAAUAAACGAUCAAAACAAUCGUCAAACAUACGCAAAAUGAAAAAAGUUGUACGGUUUUUUAAAACCAUGUCGUUUUACUAGUCAGUUUGUGAGGAAGACAAGUGAUGUACAUGUAGGCGGCUGAUCGUAAUAUCAGUAACAUUGAAAAACUCAAACCUAUCUCCUUAAGUUGUGCGUCGAAAUUACGUCCACUUCAACUCUACACUUGAUCCAGCGUACAUCGGCCAACACUUCCGCUAUGGACUACUAUUAUGAUGAUUAUUACGAUGAAUACUACGAACAGCCGGAUUUGGCUGCUGCACGUUUGGUACAUCGCGAACUCAACUUCGAAGAAACGAUUACUAGCUGCGUACAUCCAUCUUUACGGUUUGCAGGACAGUACAUGACAAAUUUCGUCGCUGUCAAUGUGUUGUUCAGUAUUCUGGUCCUAUGCUUUCGGAAAGUACUCCCAAUCUCUCACCGAUCGCUACAUUUGCUAAGCUGCAUAUUUGGUGCCAUUCUGCUGUAUCGUGUAAUUGAUCAUGGCUUCUAUCAUUUCCUGCAACUAGCGAUAUCGCUUUACGUGGUGCAAUGGACACUGCACCGAUGGUUGUCCGGGAGUGGUCGAUACAUCAAAACCCCAUUCAUCGUCAUAGCGUAUGGCAUUGGAAACCUGCUAGUCAGCGAACUUCUAGAACAAUCACCUGAGACGUGGAAUCGCAUUCGUGGAACACAGAUGAUCUUACUAAUGAAGGUACUAUCGUUAGCCUUCGAUACGGAGGAGAACCAAACUCUACGAAACCAGCUGAACGUAUUUUCAUACACUGGAUAUAUACUGUGUCCGGCAAAUGUUGUCCUUGGACCUUGGAUCUCUUUUAACGAUUAUUUAAAUAUCUGGAAACCAGCGCUCCCUAGCGGACAUCAUCGAUCCUCCGGUGGACGCAUACUGUUACACAUGUCCAGAAUACUAAUCAGCGCCCUAUUAGCAGUUGGGUUUUUGCUUACCUCGAACUGUAUGAUUGAUUACCUGUUAGCUCCGAUUGCCAGUUGGAAGUGGGUUCGAGCGUAUGGCAGGGCACUUUCCUUCCGAACCAGCCACUACUUCAUCGCCUAUCUUUCGCAAUGUUCCAUGAUCGCAGCGGCAGUCGAUUGGAACCCCGUAAGCUCCCCGACGGCGGUGGAGUUUCCCCGCUCCUUGGUACAAGUGGUGACGGCCUGGAACAUACCGAUGCACCUUUGGCUGAAACGUUACAUCUUCCGUACAACUAAACGUCCAUUUGGGACUGCUGCCGCAAUCGCCCUCACAUACAUCAUUUCCUCGCUGCUGCACGGAUUGCAUUACCGACUGUGGGUAACGCUGCUGACCAUCGGUUCGUGGACGUUCGUGGAACAUGAAGUUCGAAAGAAGAUUGCGGCGAUCUACUCCGCCUGUGUGCUCGUUGGAAAGUGUCCCAGCACGUGCACCGUGCAUCAGCACAGGAGCAAAAGUGUAUUCUGCUUCGUCAUAAACACGCUCUUCUUCACAUUGAAUGUGUUCAACCUUAUUUACCUUGGAUGCAUCUUCGAAACAACGGAAGGACCACCGGAGGAAGCUGAUCACAAUAAAACAAUGUUUGGCCGUUGGGCAGAGCUGAAUUAUGCUUCCCAUUGGUUGCUAGUCUUCGCCUAUCUAUUCUAUUUCGUUAUCUGAUAAAGAGAGUUGCAUUCAAACUCUACAUAUUUCAGCACAAGAUCUUCCGCAAUCUAAAGCAGUAUUCAUGAAACAUUACUAAUUUACAAACGACACUAGUAGUAUCAUAAUCUAUACGGAAUCAGUCAAUUUAGGCCAUCUUUAAAGAGCACAAUUACUAAUAAUGUGAUAUGUUUUUUUUGAAAAAUACAUCGAAUUGUCAUUUUAAAAGGUUAUGUAUGCAAUUAAAGGUAGCUACUAACACAGAUUAUUGCCCAGUAAAAGAAACAGCUCUCUUAAAUACAGCAAAAUCAAAAAGCAAUUGUUUGCAGUUAGUGAAGUAUAAUAUCACAUCGUUGGCGAUUUGCUUUUGUUUUGCAUUUGGUUGCAUUUGCUUCAUAUUUACUCGCAGCGAAAGAAGGAUCAGCAUCAACAGGGUACAAUAUCUACGACUAAAAAAAUGAACUGCAAAUCGUAAAACUUUGCAAACAACCGCAAACAUUAAAAUUCAUCCAAAUAUUCACGGCAAACAAUAGUCCCCUGUUUGUGCCAUGUUCCUCACACACAGGAACAUUUACGAUCGCUUAAGAUCGUGACAGAAGGCAACCAUAUUUUUAUAUUACGGUAACGUAUAAACUACGCCAAGAACAACUAAAAAAUCCCCCGUAACACAGUAACGCUAUUGCGCUAGGCAACAUGUCGGGUUAACGGAAAGUGUCAAAGAUUAUUUUAGACCAAACCAUGGUCCGUAGGGAAAUCCUCGUCAGACACAACCGGUUGGUAUAUUUCUGAAUCUCUUUUGACCACAGACAAUUCGUGGAAGAGCUCUCAAUGUUCACAAUACGGGUAUAUAAAGCGGGCAAGCAUAUAAAACACUGACGAUGGUUCCGCAACAUUCACUUAUUUUGCUAGCUUUAGUUUUCUACUUGACCCGAUCAUUGUGGUGUUAUACUAUUUUUCUACACUCAUAGUAAAUAUAACUGCUUGGUCUGUUUAAGAAAACCGCACACUUUUUGCUGUAUUUCCGCAAAAAGAGUAAAAAGAUCGCUACCACAAAUCCAAAGAUAUGUCACUUUUACUGCGAUCGAGUGAUUUGUUGAUGCACAUUUUUGAGUACAAAAUAGCACAGCAUCGACAGUGACAAGUUAAACUUAAAACCAACGUGUUAGGGUAUCUUGGGAAACAUAUCAUAACUGAAUACCGCGCUAACAAAACUGAGCCAACGUCAGACUUAAUAGAUCAAUCAAAUUCCGGUUAAUUAAGCACAUAACAUUCUUAUUUUGUUCCGCAAUCCGCACUACCAUGAGGCUGUAAUAUAGUUUUUUUUUGUCGACACGCGACAGUUAUGAAAUUUCUAUUAAACGAUUUUCUGGCUGCAAGAGAUCCAUUAUUGAAGCUCAUUUCACUCUAGGACCGCAUGCCAAAUUCAACCCAAAAGAUGUUCUGAAGCUCUGAAGGAGGAUAGGAACAUCCUUGCAUACACGUCCCUAAACUGCGUCACUAUAACCCAUUGCGAAAGACCCCGGGGAAAACACCCUGCCAACAAAGCGGCAAAUCUAACCAAACGUUGCUUAGCAGUAUUGUAGUAGGAAGGGUUGCAAGAAGAAUAAAAAAGAAUCCCGCUGUACUAUCUUUUAAAAUUAAUCACACUUGCGUCCAUCCCCGUUUUGUGCUGCAAUAGGUGGGCACACUUUCGCGCUAUUUCCGCAAAUCUAUGGUCCGUACCUUUCUGUGCUGAAUUGUUAUCUGACGUGCCGAACACAUAUCAAGAGAGAUAGAGAGAUAGACAGGAUGGGAAGAUCACCGGCAGACACGUUUAACAUGUGAGCAUGCAAAAAUAAAUGUUACCAACUCUCGGAUUGCCUCGUCUCUACAGUUUGAUUCUUCCUC